GUGCGCUCUGCCUUUCCCUUUUCUCCCCCCAUCCUUAAGGCAGACAUUUCACCCCUCUGGGCUCGAGCGGCAGGCCCUUUUUUGGGUGGCAAAUUAGGACUUCAUUUCCCGGAAUGCCCAGGUGACUCGUGACGGUGCCCGGCCGGGACGGUGGCCUGCGGGACAGACCUGGUGGCCUGCGGGACAGACCUGCGGGAGAAGGCCGGGGGACGCGGACAGGAUGGCGGAGCAGAGAGUCUUUCCCCUGUCCUGCAAGGUGCAGCAUUAUGCCUGGGGCAAACUGGGCUCUGACAGCGAGGUGGCCAGCUUGCUGGCCAGCAGUGAUCCGCUGGCCCAGAUUGAGGAAGACAAGCCAUAUGCAGAGCUCUGGAUGGGCACCCACCCCCGGGGGGACGCUGUGAUCCUUGACAACCGCAUCGUCCAGAAGACUUUAGGGCAGUGGAUUGCCGACAACCCCACUUGCUUGGGGUCAAAGGUCAGAGAUGCCUUCCAGAGCCAGCUGCCCUUCCUGUUCAAAGUGCUGUCAGUCAACACAGCCCUAUCCAUCCAGGCGCAUCCCAACAAGGAGCUGGCAGAGAAGCUGCACGCUCAAGCCCCAGAGCACUAUCCAGAUGCCAACCAUAAGCCUGAGCUAGCUAUUGCCCUCACCCCUUUCCAGGGCCUUUGUGGCUUCCGGCCUGUUCAGGAGAUUGUGGAAUUCCUUCAAAAGGUGCCUGAAUUCCGGGCCCUGAUUGGCAACGUGGCAGCCGAACAGCUAGAGCGGAGCAUGGGGGAUGAUCCCCACGCGAUGGCCUCCGCCUUGCGCAUCUGCUUCACCAGCAUGAUGAAGAGUGAGAAGAAGGUCUUCGUGGAGCAGCUCAACCAGCUCGUCAAGCGGAUCUCCCAGGAAGUGGCCACGGGAGGGGAUGUGGCCGCCAGCAACGGAGAGCUCCUGCUGCAGCUGCACACCCAGUACCCAGGCGACAUUGGCUGUUUUGCUAUCUACUUCCUGAACCUGGUGAAGCUGCAGCCAGGGGAGGCCAUGUUCCUGGAAGCCAACGAGCCCCACGCCUACCUGAACGGAGACUGUGUGGAAUGCAUGGCCUGCUCAGACAACACUGUGCGGGCCGGCCUGACGCCCAAGUUCAUUGACGUGCUGACUCUCUGCGAGAUGCUUAACUACACACCCGCCCCCAGUAGCGCCAAGCUGUUCACCCCCGUGCAAGACCGCCUGGACCCCUGCGUCUUCACCUACAAUCCGCCCGUGCCCGACUUCACUGUCAUGAAGAUAGAGGUCCCCGCUUCCGCCAAACCGUACACUGUCUCGGCCCUGGAUUCCGCCAGCAUCCUGCUGGUGGUGCAGGGAGAAGCCACGGGCCCCUCAACGGCGAGCCACUCUGAGAUAGCCCUGCGACGCGGCGUGGUGCUCUUCAUCGCAGCCAACGAGAGCGUCUCUCUGCAGCUCACCUCGUCCGGCAGCCUGCUGAUGUUCCGGGCCUGCUGCUUGCUGUAGCCUUCUGUGUCCUCGCCCCUGUCCCCCUUGGAGAUGUCCCCCCAUCUCAGGUGGUAUGUGCCCAUGACCAGGACUUAGCCAAGUGCCUCAGAGCAGCUGCAGAAGCGGCAGCCCCGAUCCCCGCAAGGAGGACCUCCUGGUACCAAACUGAUCAAUCAGUGAUAUUUAGAAAGCACUCACUACUGUCAGAGCACGGUAUCAAAAGCUUUGGAGAUCCUGGGUUGAUUGGCUUUGGGGUGGAAUAGGAGACAUAGAAGGAU